UCUGGCUUUGUCAGAUGUGCAGAAAGGCAGGCUGCUAAGACAGGAUGACACUGACGAUUAGAAGACCACUGCUCACAAGAUAAGAUGGAAAUGUCGCUGAAGCAGUUGAUUCUGAUGCUACUUACAGUGGCAGCAACAGCCAUGGUGAUAUCAGGUCAAACUGCUGUAUUUCUGAAUGAAACAAGAACAGUGAGAGUUCCAUCUGGAUCAGACCUGGCUUUGUACUGCUUUUUGGACACUGAGAAAUAUGAGCGAUAUCGAAUCUUCUGGUAUUCCAACAAAUCUGAGAAAUCUGAAUCUUCUUCCAACGAGUCAAUAUGUCACAAAAUCAUUAACAAACCUGCAAACAAGACUGAAAAUGAAGAUUCAAAAUGCAUUUUGUCAAAUGUUAAUACAAACCACAGUGGAUGGUACUUUUGCAAAGUCACAACAGAGAUUCCCAGUUUAACAGAAAUCCGCAGCAGUGGAACAGAAGUAAAUGUUUCGGACAGUGAAGUUACAACGUACCCGUCAAAUGUGACGAAUAUUAAAGGGCAAACUUUUCCUCCCGCAGACCCUCCUGCCCUGAGUGACAACUGGUGGAUAUGGGUGGUGUUGGGAGCAUCCUCUUUCAUCCUGUUCAUCCUGACGGUCACAUGUGUCCUACUCUCAAGAAGACAAGAGAAUAGAGAAGAGCCCAUCUAUGCAAACACCCCCAACAAACAGCCUUCACCUCGGCCGUCCAUGAGCGCAGCGGCGGUCAGCCUGAAGGCAGCUUCUUCCUUUCAAGACCCGCGGACCCCGAGUCCUGCCAGCAGAUACGACGAAGGCAAACGGAGAUAUAGACACUGAACAAGUCACGGAUCUCACAAACUAAUGCCAGCAAAGGUCCUCACAGCUAAUUUCACCGGGACACUGAAAGAAACUUUCCCCUUUCAUUAUUGUCGGAUCUACAUUUUGUUCAUCUGGAUUACUGGUUUAGGGUUUUUUCAUUCAAACUGUACGUUUUUUAAAAUGCGCAGGUGAAGUAGCUUUUAUGAGCCACUAGAUGGCAGAUGAUGAAUGCGGUUUGAAUGUGUAAAUUCAUGGUUUUGUUCCCUUAAUUUUUGUAUUGUAUUACUUAAUAUUGAAUAUGAUGAAUACUGAAUAUUUGGAAAUGUUUCCAAUAGCUUUUGAAUGGAGUAUGGAGAAGAUUUAUACACACAUAUGUAUA